ACUCCGACGUUGUUUACCAAGCAUCAUAGAAGCGGAAGUAAAGCAACGUACACAUUAACGCUGGUGGUGAUCACACGUGGGUACACAAGUUUAUCAGAGUAAUGUGGUGUAGUAUUAAUUAGUAAACAUGUCAAAGAGGCAGGCAGCCGUGUUAGAAGAAAAGGCCGUUACUGAAGUAGUACUCGAGGAGGAGGAUGUCCAGGAUCCACCUCCAGAGACCAGACGGACCCGCAGUGGCCGCAAAGUGCGCACUCCUGCCGCACUGUUGGACUCAGAAGCCCCGGCGAGGACUCCCAGCAGGCGGACCAGGAGGUCUGUCCUCCAGGAGCUGCCGACUGUAGAAGAGAAAAACACGAAGAAUGCAAGGCAGAAACUCGAGAGUCUGCCUGCCGAACCGGAGCCGUGGAACCCGUCCGAGCCAGCAAAGCUGCUCGAGGAGGCUGCAGCAGAUCCAGACAGAGUGGACGGGGACGCUAUCGGGCCUUCAACGGUAGAAACCGCACCCACGAGUUCCGAGGCUGUCCCAAAAAAGAAGCAUCGUUCGGGUUCUAGUGGAAAACCUUUAACUCCGGUCAUUCCCCUGGGAAAACCCAAAUCUGGGAGAGCGUGGAAGGACCGCAACAAGCAGAGGUUCUCUGCAAUGGUGAGAGAUAAACCGCUGUGCUCUUCUUGGGAAAAGAAGAUGGAGGCCAAGCGGGAGAAGGAGCUGGUGAAACAGUAUACUUUGAAGCUUAAAGAGGACAAAGCCAGAGAGAAAGAGGAAAAGAGGAAAAGGAGAGAAGACAACCUGAAACGCCGCGCAGAGAACGAGCGCAAAUCAGAAAUUGUCCAAGUGAUUCGGAACACAGCAAAGAUCAAGAGGAUGAAGAAGAAACAGCUCCGGAAGAUUGAGAAGAGAGACACUCUGGCUCUGCUGCAGAAGUCCCAGAAGCAUCAAGUAAAAGCCAAAGGGCAAAAAAGAAGUCAUAAGGUUGACCAAGAUUUGACCUAAACACUGAGAUAAUAAAAAUGCCUCUGUUCAGUA